AUGAACAAAAUAUCACUCAAGUUAGGGAACAAAAACUUGAAAAAAAAUGUUUCCAAGAAAACCAAGAAGAAGAAUUCAUUACAAAAUACCAAUUUGUUUAAUUUGGAUAAUGCAGAAAUAACAAAUCUUCCACGCAAGUCUCAAAAUAAGAUCAAGAUCGAAAGCAUUGACAAGUUUGACCUUGAUGGAGGACUGCCCUCCAAAAAGAAACUAGUGAUCAAACUAGAGGAAACUGCCAAUGAUCAAAACAAUAAUUUGGAAGAAUAUGUCACUGAAAAAGAAUAUAGUGAGGUACCUAUUGAAGAGUUUGGAGAUGCAUUGCUUCGAGGCAUGGGAUGGGAAAGUGAUUCCGAGAAAAACGCAAAAAAGGGAAAGGAACAAAGUAAAAAAAACAAUGUUUCAAACGUUUUGCAAACACACCCUGACGGAUUAGGAAUUGGUGCAAAAUUAAAUAAGGAAAUAAACGUGGAGGAAGAUUUAUUUAUGCCUGUCGUGAAAAUCGACAAAGUGACGGGCAUAAAGGUCGAUAGCAAUAAAAAAAAAGAACCUGAGCCAUGA